UAUGGCGGAAAUGAGUAGUUGUAGCUGGUAGAGCUAGUAAGUAGUAGAAAAAGGAACAUUGAGGUUCUUGCUAAGUCAAAUUAACGGUGUAGCGUUAAAUAAUGACGUCAAAGCUGGUACUAGCAUGCUGGUUCGUAUUAAAUAGUGAAUACACCUUAUAGCAUAACUAUCGUCUUCUUGUGUCACGACUUCGAUUCCAAUAAGCAAGCAAUCCCAAUACGCGUUAGGUAGCUACGCUAGUAGUUAGCGGUAGCUGGCUGGCUAGCUAUUUAAACAGACUUGGAUUUGACAAGUGAAUUUAAUUAACUACAACUAUCCUUGAUAACUUUGAAGUUCGGGAGAAAUGUCGAUUCAGUAUGAGGAGCCUGCGUUGGCAGAUAGCUACAGUGUUGUAGACUCUUUCCCAAAGGAUUUUGGAUACGGAGUUGAAGAACCAGAUAUCGAGGAGGAGAACACAACGUCAGGUGACACUAAACCAAGGAUCCUGCUGAUGGGAUUGCGGAGAAGUGGGAAAUCUUCCAUUCAAAAGGUUGUUUUCCACAAGAUGUCGCCAAACGAGACAUUGUUCUUGGAGAGCACCAACAAAAUCUACAAAGAUGACAUCUCAAGCACCUCUUUUGUCAAUUUCCAAAUCUGGGACUUCCCUGGUCAGGUGGACUUCUUCGACCCUACUUUUGACUAUGAGAUGAUCUUCAGGGGCACAGGGGCUUUGAUCUUUGUCAUUGAUGCUCAGGAUGAUUAUGUUGAAGCCUUAGGAAGGCUGCAUCUCACUGUGUCCCGGGCCUACAGGAUCAACCCAGAGAUCAACUUUGAGGUGUUCAUCCAUAAAGUCGAUGGCCUGUCAGACGAUCACAAGAUAGAAACCCAAAGAGACAUCCAUCAAAGAGCCAAUGACGACUUGGCAGAUGCCAGCCUGGAGAAGCUUCAUCUUAGCUUUUAUUUGACCAGCAUCUAUGACCACUCCAUAUUUGAAGCAUUCAGUAAAGUUGUUCAGAAGCUCAUUCCUCAGCUACCAACACUGGAGAACCUUCUGAACAUUUUCAUAUCAAACUCUGGAAUUGAGAAGGCGUUCCUGUUUGACGUGGUCAGUAAGAUCUACAUCGCUACAGACAGCAGCCCGGUGGACAUGCAGUCAUACGAGCUGUGCUGUGACAUGAUCGACGUGGUCAUUGACGUCUCUUGUAUAUAUGGCCUGAGGGCGGACGGAAGUGGCAGUGCCUAUGAUAAGGAGUCAUUAGCUAUCAUCAAGCUGAACAACACCACUGUGCUCUACCUGAAGGAGGUCACCAAGUUCCUAGCUCUUGUCUGCAUACUCCGAGAGGAGAGCUUUGAAAAGAAAGGAUUGAUAGACUAUAACUUCCACUGUUUUCGCAAAGCCACUCAGGAGGUGUUCGAAGUGGGGUCCUUGACACAAAGGACAGGACUGCAGCGGUCACAGUCGACCUCCCCCAACAACAGCUUGUCCAACUUAAAAUUUGGUGCAUUAAACGGAAGUGUUGUUUAGAAGAGUGGAAGGGCAGACUUUUGGAGCGCCUUAUCACACUGAGAACACACAGGGACCUACCGCCUGGUUUACCUGGGAGUAUCAACGGUGAAACACGGGGAGGAGAGUUUAGGAUGACACUUGGGAUGCAGCUUUGGGCAAAGAAUGGAAAAUGUAUAUGACCGCUGGAAUGGAGAACUGAAACCAGCAAGCACAUCUACUGUAAGCACCUAGAGGAUGGGUAUUGCCUCUAAUCACUAUUGUUCAAUGGUGAUUUGAUAUAUUUUUUUUUAUACAAACAGUUGGUCUGUCUGAGCACAAUAAUAUAAACAGGGCACUAUCUGACACCCCCACCAUUAUUUCUGGUGACAAUUGAUUAGAUAUUGGGCGCUGUAUCAACCAGAGGCAUAGUUUGAAGCCUGCAUUGAUUCAGUUUCAGUCUGUAGCCUAAUCCACUAUAAAAUGAGUUUAGCUGUAGACCAGUCCCCUGUGGUGUAUAAAACAUAGUUUGAACUAUAUUAUUGAUGAAAUGUGGGAAUGUUUGCUGAAUUGUUUCAUGUCACAAAUUCCUGGGUCCAACUGUUUUUCUGUAUGUAUAGUUUCUGGUCCUUUAAUAUUUAACAUUUGCUUGCACUGUUAAGAUUGGUGUGUACAGUUUUUUUUUUUCUUACAUGAAAUGCUUUCUGAAAGGUCAGUACAGUAGUUCAAGUGUUUCCAAUUGGGUACCAACCACAGCCACUGUGAUAUAUUGAGGUUAUCACUGCUUACCCUGAAUGGAAUUCUGCUCUCUACAUGUUACACUGUGUAGCCUGACUACCUAUUAUUUUCACUCUAUAAGCAUUUCUUUAAUGAAGUGAUUGAUAGAGAGCUGUGCUAUUACUCUGGGUAGUCAGGCAACCCCAUAGUGCACUAUGUAUGGAACAAGAGUGGUAUUUGGGACAUGGACCACAUCGUACUGUGAAAAGUUUACAGUACUGCUAGUUGUAGUAGUUUGUGAGACUCUGUAUUAAAUAGGUUUCAAAUGGAGUAGUUAAGCGUGUUGGUUUUACAGCUUCCGUGGCUCUGUAGGAAAUGUUAUGUGCAUUAAAAUGGAACCCUAUUCUCUUUACAGUGCACUAUUUGACCAGGGCUGAAGUAGUUCACUAUAUAGAGGACCAAGCCUUUCUGAUUAAACUUUGUCACUUGAUGAUUUCAUCACUGUGAAAUUAUUGCAUUGGUCUUUGUUCUGCUUUUACAUGCGAGGGGAGUGAAUUGUUUAAUCUAAUGUGCCAGAUGCCAGCCACAAGGUUGUUUUAAAAUAUACUAAUAUUGUUGAGUUAAUUAAGCAUUUGAAUUAGAGGGGAACUAUCUCCCACUAUUUUGUCUGAAAUUGUGAGAUGCAUUAAAGAUAUUUUUUCAUUUGAA